GGAGGGCAUCUCUGUACAGAAGACUUAAAUAGGGAUUCCUACAUGAUGAGCACAUUGUACGCUGCAUGCAAGGCGUUCCACAGCUACCAAAGGCUUUGGAGCAUCAGGAGAGCUGAGCAUGAAGGGACUCCACCGGGGGACGGCCACUGCCCUGGCCUUGCUGCUCUCUGCUUGCUUCAUCACUUUUUCCAGGAGUGCUCCUCAGGAUCACUUCCAAAGAAGAAACUGGACUCCACAAGCAAUGCUCUAUUUAAAGGGUGCACAAGGCCGUCGUUUCAUCUCAGAGGAGAGCCAGAGGAAGGAUCUGUAUGACAGACUUCAGCUAGAAACACGGAGCCAAAACGCAAACCCUCUGACUCUUCCCGAAGCUGUGGCAUUGUUUCUGUCAUCCUUGCAAAAAGCGCAUGAGGAAGGCGAAGAGGAUGCUGAGGAGAAGCCUGGCUACGUUGCUGACGGGCUGCUGAACUGGUGAAAGGUGUUCGAGCUUAGAUGAAAACGUCCUAUUGCAUGCACUAAAAAAGAAAAAAAGAAAAUAUGUUCCAUAG